CAGAUUCUACGCUUUUCUUCACCGACAGGUCCUUUGUGCAAUGAACACGAUGGGCUCCGAUUAAACUGUCCAAUGCCUGCCCAGUGGGCGGAGUUCCAGCCUGUCGGAGGUUCCAAGAUGGCGGCGGGUGCGUGAGGCGCGAUACUCCGCGCGCGAUUCCCUCUUGUUGGCGCUUGCCGCCAUGAAGGGCAAGGAGCGCUCGCCUGCCAAGGCCAAACGGUCCCGCGGUGGCGAGGAUUCUUCUUCGGCGCGGGCCGAGCGGAGCAGUAAGAAGCCCAGCAACGGCGGUGGGAAAUCUGCGGGCGGCGGCUCGGGCGAGGGCGGUGGCGGCAGUAGUCGGCGGAGCCUUCAUCUGGAAAAAGCGAACCGGGCCAGUAGCCGUGAAUAUGAAUCGGCCGCGGUGGGAGGCUCUGGGAGCGGCAGCGGCCGCCACGGCUACGGCGGGAGCAACAAUAGCAAAAACGCGGAGUCUUCCUCGUCCUCCCGUGGUAGCAGCGGCCGCGGCGUCGAUUCCCGCGCGCCCCCCGCCGACUCCGCCGGCAGCAGUGAGUACAAGACGCUGAAGAUCAGCGAGCUGGGCUCGGCGCUGAGCGACGAGGCGAUCGAAGAUGGUCUCUUCCACGAGUUCAAGCGCUUCGGAGACGUCAGCGUCAAGAUCAGCCGCCUGCCCCCGGGCACCGGAUCCGGCGACGAGCGGGUGGCCUUUGUCAAUUUUCGCCGCCCUGAGGAUGCGCGGGCUGCUAAGCAUGCUCGCGGCCGCUUGGUCCUCUACCAUCGGCCGCUGAAGAUCGAGGCCGUUUAUGUAGGGGGCAGCAGCGGAGGGGGAAGCAGCCGGCGACGCGGCAGUCGCUCCCCAGCGCUUUUGGACAAGGAGUCUUCCUAUGGGGCCUCAGCAGUGGGGGUGGCGGGGGCAUCUCCUGCCACUAUCAGGCACCCUGCCACUGGGGCCACCCAGAGGGCCCUCUCUCCUGUCGGCGGAGGAGCAGGCUUAGGGUACAGAGACUUCCGAUUGCAACAGCUUGCCCUUGGUCGUUUGCCCCCACCGCCUCUGCCCCGGGAGCUGGAAAGAGAACGAGACUACAGCAGCUUCUAUGAUCGGGUGAGGCCCACGUACAGUCUGGAUCGAGUUGCUGGAGUGGCGGCCGCUGCGUUUCGUGGGUUGGUACAGGAACGGCCACUGGAAGAGAUCAGUCCUGAAGAUGACCAGAGAGCUAAUCGUACCCUGUUUCUGGGUAAUUUGGAUAUAUCUGUUACAGACUCAGACCUUCGUAGGGCUUUUGAUCGCUUUGGGGUUAUCACCGAAGUGGAUAUUAAGAGGCCAUCCCGGGGGCAAACUAGUACAUAUGGAUUUCUUAAGUUUGAGAACUUGGAUAUGGCCCACCGGGCUAAGCUUGCCAUGUCUGGUAAAGUGCUGUUGCGCAAUCCUAUUAAAAUUGGCUAUGGUAAAGCAACCCCCACCACGAGACUCUGGGUGGGUGGUCUGGGACCCUGGGUACCUUUGGCUGCUCUUGCCAGGGAGUUUGAUCGCUUUGGUACCAUUCGUACCAUUGAUUAUCGUAAAGGUGACUCAUGGGCCUACAUUCAGUACGAGAGUUUGGAUGCUGCACAAGCUGCUUGUACCCACAUGCGUGGCUUUCCUUUGGGUGGGCCAGACCGUCGCCUGCGUGUGGACUUUGCUGACACUGAGCAUCGGUAUCAACAGCCCUAUUUGCAGCCAUUGCAACUUCCACCCCCUGCUCACUAUGAACUGGUAGCAGAAACAUCAGCUUUUGGAGCGCAUCGUGGAGCCCCACCAGAUCCACUCCGAGGUGCUCGGGACAGAACAUCACCACUGCUCUAUGGUGACCGUGAUAGAGACUUAUAUGCUGAACCAGACUGGGUGCCUCCUCCACCUCCAGUUCGGGACCGAGGCAACCGAGCAUCUGUGUAUGAUGCACUUGAAAGUCUGGAACGGCGUCGAGAUGGUUGGUCUCUAGAAAGAACUCGUGGGGAAAGAGAGCUUGGUAGUAGUAGAGACCCACCUAGGAAGCGAAGGCUAGUGGAGGAUGGGGGUCGACAUUUGGACCGAUCACCAGAUAGUGAACGUUCAUCUUCAUCUCGUAAGCGUCACUGCCCUGCUGUAGCAUCGCCUCAAGAUCGUAGUCCUGAAACAGGCUUAAUCAGAGACCGCUAUAACACUGAUACUGAUCGGCCCUCUUCUCGCCUACUCUUGUUGGAUCAUCCUUCACCAGUCAGAGAGCCACGUAAGGGGAGUUUGGAGAGAGGGCAGAAUGAGAAGCGGGAACAUAAGAGUUUGAUGGAAAAAGAAAGGAAACACCGCACACUUGUAUCAACUGCCAUCCAAGAGUGCAAGAGUCCAGCUAAAAAGGAUGAACAUACUUCUGAAGGGAACAGUAGCAGUGGAUCUCGGCUGAAGCCACCCCAAAAGCAGCAACAGCAGGAUGGAACCUCAAAGUCGGGAUUAUCUACCAAACUCUGCCUAGCCUGGCAAGGAAUGCUUCUGUUGAAGAACAGCAACUUUCCAUCAAACAUGCACCUACUACAAGGUGACCUCAGCGUAGCUAGCAAUCUGCUGGUGGAAGGAACAUCUGGUGGCAAAGUGGCCCAACUAAAGAUCACACAGCGUCUUCGUUUGGACCAGCCCAAGUUGGAUGAAGUUAACCGCCGUAUCAAAGUAGCAGGACCCAAUGGAUAUGCUAUUCUCCUUGCUGUGCCUGGUACCACAGACAACCGUGCCUCAUCUGGGGCUGGUGAAGCUAAUACCACCUCUACCCAGCGGCCAUUAAGAAACCUGGUUUCCUACCUUAAACAAAAGCAGGCAGCUGGAGUGAUAAGCCUCCCAGUAGGAGGCAACAAAGACAAAGAAAACAGUGGGGUCUUGCAUGCUUUCCCCCCCUGUGAUUUUUCUCAGCAAUUCCUGGAUUCUACAGCAAAGGCCCUGGCUAAGUCGGAGGAUGACUAUUUGGUCAUGAUCAUUGUUCGUGGUGCAUCUUAAAGUCUUAAUGCUUUCUGUGCUUAUCCUGCUGCUUCAUACAACUCCCCCCUCCUCCAGUGUCUGCCAGGUGCUAAGCCUUAGCCAACACCCUAAGUAUAAUUUUUGAUCUGUAGUUACUCUUAUUUUCCCUUUAUUUUCUAUAAAUUCUAGAGAGCAGAUAUAUUAACUGUUCGCUAGGCUACCCUCAACUGUCUUGCUAGUGACAGUAUAGCAAGAAGGGAUGGCCUGCUUUCACUAAAAUAUGAAACAUUGAACAAGCUUGCCUCCCUCUUUUUUUUUUUACUUUUUAACUUGUCCUUGUUCAUUUCACAACUUUAAAGUAGCUAUAAAAUCUUUUCCUAUACUUACAUUCUAAAUUGCCAUACUUAAAACAUUCAUGAUUCAUACCCAUUCUGAGCCCCACAGCUUCCAUAAAACUAUAGUUAUGAUUUCAGAUUAAUUCCUAGUUUACAAAAUGUAAAAUUGAAUUGAAUUAACUCACGGUUGAGUCCCUGAUACUGCUGAUAUUAAGCCUUCAUGGUGCAUUGCAGUUUUCUUUCAGCUGGGUUUUCAGUUUUUGUUCCCAAAUUCAGAGAAAUGCGUACCCUUGAAAAAUGUCCCUAAAUGGUAUUUGCUUUUUUGAUUUUUUUAAAACUUGUGUGCAUUUAAGGGUUGUGGUUGUAAUGAGAGCUUUACUAUAACCCAUGAACAUCAUGAACUUCUGUAUUAAAGAAGCAGGUGGUUAAUGGUAUCAUUGUUUUUGCCCAUUACUAAUUGUAAUAGGCACAAUGAAUUCUAAAGUAUAACGGGAACGCAACUUUCAAAGAUGGCACUUAACUUUUGUGAAAAGUUCUGCCACAUAACCAUUUCAAUUAUCAUUCUAUCCCUGUGGAAAUAGAAAGGAAACUUACCUGCUCAAUAUUUUUCAGGUAAAAUAUAGGCAUUAUGCGAGGUUUUAUAGUCUGGUUUGCACUGUUUUAAUCUUGACACUUGCAUUCACCUUAUAUUUCUAAAUGUUGGGGAAGCAAUUCAGUUUACUAAAAGAACACAAUUUGAUUGAAAGUAAGCCUAUAAAAGCAGUCAUUUUUUAAAAUAUGUGCUAAGACUUAGGAGGAAAGAAUCAACAGUUUAAAUGUGUCACUUUUUGCUUGGUCUCUUCUCUAGUCCAAUGUUUUCGUUCCUUUGUAAAGCCGCUGUACAGUAACAAUGUUUCUCAUGUGUAAACCAAUUCUCAAGUUUGAAUAAGUACAAUUACGAUAGUUGAAAAAGUGGCCUAAUGAAACACUGCUCAGUGAAAUAUUGGGAAACAUACUAUUCUUAAAGUAUUUUUUUCAAGUAGAGCCUCACUUCUGAAACUAUUACACCCUUUCACUCUUUUAAGAAUGUGGGUACAGUAACCUAAGUCCCACAAUUCUGAAAUAUAAAUUGUUCUGUAAUAAAUGAAACUUGGAACUGUGAACCAAAUUAAAUCUAGCCACUGUUAUAGGCAGAGUCACUAAGACAAAUUUGUGUUGCCUGUACUGCAUAACAUUAUUGGAUUAUCCAUAUUACUGCAUUUGUCAAAUUCAAUAUGCUAGUGGCUACAUAAAGAGUUUUCUUAGUGUAUUUAUUUGGAGAGUGAAUUUGCUCUAUGUUGAACUAAUAUAUUAAUUUAAAAGCCAUCCUUGUAUUUUUGGGAAAAUCUUUAAUAUCAGAUUCGAAAGUCAAACUUGUUGGCACUAGUAUGCAUACUGAUGUGCUCUCCUUGUUAAAAAAUCCUUUGGAACUUGAAUUUGAGGUAAAGUGAACAUACUGGCAUUUUAGGCAACUUUUGGGAACCGGUGUUGGAAAACUCUACACCAUGGAUUUCUUUUUCUAUUUUAAUUGAAAAUUAUGUUCAAUGCUGCUUCUUAUGAUUUGAACUGGGUAAAGGAUAUGUGAAAUGGGCAAUUCAGUUUUCCAAACCUUUAUCUAAGAUUAUUUUUUAAGAAAGAAGAUAAUCCAGUAACAGCUAUAGAAAGAAAAAGAAUGUUAGGAGUCCAAUUUAGACUAAAACGAUAACCAACAUUGGAUAGCUCAGCACUUAGUUAUAGCUGCUGUAGCUUUUUUUUUGUAUUAGGAUAACAGCAGUACAAUUAUUCAUUUGAGCCAACCUCCAAGACUUCAGCAUAGCAAAAGUUAAGUUUUGUGACACAUCUGUAUGCAGAAAAAAAGAAUUGUGAUCUUUUGUAUAUGGUAUUAUGAAGCUUUAGGGCAAUGUAUAUUUGAAUGAUGCACAUGUUCAGAAAUUUGUUUCUAGAGUUAUAACAUUAGGAUGAAGAAUGUUUUUUUUUUCCUGAGAGUCACUUAAUACCACUUUUGGGGGAACUGGAAAGGAAAAUCUUAGUUGGCAUGUUGUCUUUAGGAUUUAAAUUCUAUAAUUAGAGACUUAAAAGUUGCCCUCCCUUUUAAAGUUAACUAGGAGCUUUGCAUUUUGACAGUUCAUCAUACGUGGUUGGCUGUCAGUGGAGUAUCAAUUUAAGGCUACCUCAUUUACCAGGAUCCACUUUUGUGUUUAUACAAUUGCCUCCCAAUUUUAAUUGUCAAAAUUUAUUGGCAUUUUAAAAGCCAAUAUAUUUAGCAUGGAUCUUUUCUUCCCAAGAUAUAUAAGGGGGAAAGGAAGAAGCCUUCCUUAGGAAUUUAAACAAGUAGUAGGAGUUUGACUAUGUUUUAAGAGUAAAAGAAUGUAGGAAUACAUCUGAAUUGGAUAAAAAUGGAAAGGUUAAGGGUAGCCACAUAAGCAUACAAAAUAAUAAUCCAUGUAGGGUGCCUGAUUGAAUGGUUUGCAAAAUUGUAAAGUAAUUUGAUGUAUGUUCAUUCCUUGCUUUCGGUUUUCCCCCUAUAGAGCAAACAAUAUUAGCUGCUCCAGAUGUGUCACUGAAGAUAAACAUGUCCCUUUACAUUAUCCAAACUAAAGUAUUUUGGAACAACUAGAAAAAUGCACACAGAUGUGGGAUGAAGAGAAUCUGAUGCAUAUUUUAGCUAGUUUUCUCCAGUAAGUAAAGAAUCUGUAGUUGGAGAUAACAUAGCAAUGUGAAAAAAUACACUUACAAACAGAACACUAAAUUUCUUGUUCUUGUUUGACUUUUUGAAAGUGAGAGAAAUUGUGUGAAUUGUGAAAAUUCAGUUGAUUUUUCUCCUGUAUGUUUUUUUAAACUAGUACAGCUUUUUUUUUCAAUCUCUACCCUAUAUUUUAACUCCCUGAACUACUAUUUGUGCAUUUAUAUACAGAUGUUAAUUCAUUUCAAAAGCUUUGUGCCAGUGAAGGGUGAUUGGUGCUUUCAGACAUUACCUAGAACAUUAAUAGCCUUGUAGUUGGAACAGUUAUCUGUAAAUGCAGGGGGAAAACAGAUCUCUUGUAAACAUUUGUACUGAAUAACCUCUUCUUUCCUCCUGAAAGCAAGGCUAGUGAAGUGCUGAAGACCACAAGGGAUUUCAAACUCUAAUGGACCUUUGCGAAGAAAAGCGUUGGCUUAUGUGGAAUUUACAUGGGCCUCAUGGAAGAAAGCUUAUCUGUUUAGUAUUUGUGCAUUUUACUAAAAUGGCAGCUUAAAAAGUUGUGUAUCUGCUAUUUGUGAUGCCAAUGCCCAUGUUUUAAAGUGGAAAAUUGACCUCUUUGCUAUGUGCUGUGUACACAAGAUUUCUGCAAAAGUAAAGGAAAAAAAACCUUUUAUGGCUCACACAGCUUAAAAUAGCUGUCACUCAAAACAUGCGCUCACAGUCGAGCUGAUUUUGUUUCAUUCUAAAUAAAUUGUUUCUUUUGAGGAAAGUGGUUUUUCUGCCUGGAAAUGAAUUGACGACAAACCUUUGACCCCUUUGUUUGCAGCUGUGGGGGUACUUUACAACUGCUCCUGCUGCUCCUCCUCCUCGAUCUGAUAGUUGUGGGUCUCAGACAAGAAACAGGGAAACCUUCGCUUUGAUAUUGACCAUCUUUUGUAUCAGAUCUGAAGAAAUCUAGUUUGUUGUGUUGCUGUGUCCUCUUGUGUACGGUGAAUGGGGAUCAAUGGCUGCUAUCUCCUCAUCUUUACGAGGAAAUGGUGCUGUUGCUGGCAUGCAAGAAGCAGGGAAAGCAUCUUGAGUCUCAGAACAGUGUGCAGAUCUGGGACUUUGUUGAUUUUGAAGAGCUGGAGUUCCUGAAUUUUAAGUUCUUGAUUUAUUUUGUUCACCUAACUUGUUUGGCCUUAGUUCUGAUUUUAAUUUGAAGAAAGUUUGAAAUUGCUUUGCAUCUUGCUCAUAACCUUUUCACCAAAUUGAAAAGAAAAAGUAACUCAUAAAAAAAAUUAAAUGAUAGCGCGUUUCCAGACACAGUUGAAGAGCUCCUCCCCCACCAGGGGCUUUUCUUCAGAGUUAUGCAGUCCUGGGUGUAGUUCUGAAUGGAAGAAGAGUUCCUGAGAGCUAGAGCGCUGUCAUUUAAAACCUGUACGAUUGUUAUUGGUGCUCUUACUUGACCCCGUUUUGAAGCAAAUGGUCUACACACCUUGGAUGUGCAUGCAACUUGAUCGUUUCAUAGGUACCGCUGCAAACUUUUUAGUUUGUAGUACAGAUGAUAUCAGGAGGAAAAAAAAGUGGUGAAACUUUGAAAACAAAUGUGCUAUAUUUCCUGCAUUUGGGGAUCUUGAGCUUUGGAAAGCUGUUCCCACUGUGCAGGAGUACAACUCUUUGCUGCAGGAGACUUCGGGGCACAGUUGACUACACAUCACCAGAGGUCAAGAGGAAGCGAACAGUGCUGCACCUGCAUCGUGGCUGCAGAAACUGCAUUUGUUUCCCGAGUCUCUUAGAAUUAACUAGUUGCCAUUUGACAUGCAGAUGGAAGACACCUUGAAAUGCAAGCUUGCUUUGGUUGCCUUGAAAUGCUUAACCUAUUGUGGAUAAAGAACACUAGCGCGGUCCUAUAUCCAUGCAGGAUGAUUGCUAGGCAGCAGGUGCUUAUCAACCAAGGAUGCUACGAUUGUGUUCCACAAAAUAUGGGUUCCCAUGGCAAACUGCUGUAUAAAACUCUUAAACAGGAUUGGUCAGCCCCUCUGGACUGAUAAGAGGGACAUCUUUAUCUGAAAGGCAUUCUUGGGAUCACGCAAAAAGAAAGAUCCGGGCAUUCUGUGAUUGGUGUAUGUCAUGCAGUGACGUGCGGUGAGGUUUAUAGUUGGAUGAACAUUUCAGGCAAAUCCCUGGUGUUUUCCAAGUGCAUUAUUUACUAAGUUACUGUCCCCAGGAGCCUGCAUGAUAAUCUUGGUGUUAAGUCUUCAACAAGGCAAAUGGAAAUGCCCGCUGCUGGAACUUCAGGCAACUUACAUGAAGAUAGCUCUUCAUUCUAUCCCACCAUGUUCCUAUGAGGUUCCAAGAAUAAUGAAAUGGAUGAAACAAGGAAACAUAUACCAGUCAAAAUGAAGGACCAUGCAUAUGUCUGGGUGUAAUCAUACAGCCAACCUGUAAGUAAGGAAUAACAGGGUUUGGUUAUUACAUCAUUCUCAUUUGGUGUAGCUGUCUUUUCAUAUCAUUACUAAUGCAACUCUUAAAAACCAUGUAGGUACCUCAACAAUACUGGCUUUGCAUCAUUUAAUCCAAGUGACAAUAAAGAUUGUGUUUAUAUAUUAAUCCACCUUAAUUGGUUUAAAUUGCAGGAGCUGAUUUCGUAUUCCAAGGUAAAUAUUUCAUCCCUUUAAUAUUUCUUCAUGGCAUGUUUAUUAAAUAAUAAUCUGUUUCAGUUUUUCUUUCACCAGUCUGUUAAUUUUUCUGCUUGCUCAAUCUGUAUUUUAGGAUCUACUGAAUCCCACAUUUGAGUACAUUGUUCGACAGCAAAGAAGAGAUGGAGGCUUUUUACAGUAGUAUUGAGCUAUGGAGUACUUGAAUGGUGCAGAAGAUACAGUCUUGUGUUCAGACUAAACAUUCUUAUACACCCACAUAUAAGGACAUUUUAGUUUUGGUGAAUUUUAUGUAAUGUAUAUAGAAUGAAUCUUGGUAAUACUCUUUAAUAUGAUGACUCACAGACUUUUAAGUAAUAACAAUUUUGAAAAUGGGUAAAACACAUCUUUUGAAAAAGUAUUUACAUUCAUAGAAGCAAUGUACUCUUAUCCUAUCCCUAACAUUUAUAGAAUGAACUGAUCUCUUAUUUGGUGAGAUCUCACUGGUGUACACAUGGUUACUUGGGAAUAAAUCCCCAGGAUCCCAUAGCAAUUAUGUUGCGGAGGAUUUUCUUGCUCUGGCAAACUGUUAAAAUUUACCACCAGAGGGCUUGUUCCCACAUUAGAACAGUAUGGCUCAUAUUUAAAGGACUCUGGAGUAGAUCGUGUCUGAAAAUCUGCUUCUAUUGAUUCACACUUAGAUGGUGCUUCUGUGUAUUACAUGUAUGAAUUGAAUUACUAGGGGAUCAUAAGAUCCUUGCCAGUCUAGUUCUCUUCAUUAAAAUAACAGCCAUAUAUGGCCAGUUUGAUGGUACUCAUGUUGGGGGCGCCUGUGGCAGCCUGAGUGCUCUGCCAGUGAAAACGGACUCCUGAUUCUCCAUUUUCAGCUGUAAUGCCCUCCUGCAACACUGCCAGUGAAAACGGAGCUUGGGAGGGCCGCAGAUACAUUUCUGGUGGUAGAGGCCCUACGGGUCGGUCCUUUGCUGUUUCCAGGGUGGCCCUGUAGGCCAGAUCCUGUGGGCCUUGAGUUUGACACCCCUGCCUUAAACUAUAUAUUUUUUUCUAAUUUAAAUCUGCAGCAGAUAACUUGCACUGAAUGAACUCAAAUGUUAUAAAUAUGAUAGAAUAUGCACAUUUACCAUUUACAUAUGAAAUUCUGACCCUAUUCUUUUUUUGAAGUCUCAAGUGCCUUAACAUGGUGUAUAUGGACAUGAUCAUAUUUCUGAUUAUUUCACUUACUCUUUUCUGUUUGUUUCAGGGCUAUGAAAUAGGUUUUGAAACAUAUCCUGAUUAUACCAAAUGAUGUUACCUACACAAUUAUUUAAAAACAGUACUUGCCAUUUUGUUUUUAGUUAUUUUCCUAAUAAAUCCAGUGUUCAUGUUUUACUUCCAGUGCGUAUUAUAAGGAAAUGUUUACCUCAGGUGAAAAUUUUUGCAGUUAAGCCUCUACUGUUUUAAGAAUAUAGGUUUUAUUGGGCUCAAAGUAUAUAACCAUGUAGUUUAAUUGUUUAUUCAUUGUUUAAAAGUUCUGCUUUAGGUUUCAUAUCUUGAAUCACUGAAUCCACAUCCAAUGGAUACUAUUAAUCUCAGUUAUGUAAUAGGUUGCAUGGAUACAAUUGCAAUUUAAAACACAUAGAAACUUUACAAUGAUUGUCUUCUGGAAAUGAAUCCUGUCUCACCGUACUUCUCAAAAUCCACUUUGACAACUGCACCAUACCCAAAGAAAGCAAGACAGCUCUUCAGAGGGCAGUCCCUGCCCCAUAUCCCUAGAAUAUGCUUUAGGGUGUGGGUCCUGCAUUAACAUCUGUCACAGUGAAGACCGAUGCAAAGAUUCCAGGAGGUCCAACAAUAACUCCAAACCCAGCAAUGAAUGAAGCAACUCCCAAGGCACUGUGAAAUCUGGCUGCGCCUACAAGAUCUACCUGUUAAGGAAGCAGUAUUUAUUAUUCAAUAGACAGCACAGGAAACAGCAGUGCAAGAUAUCCACCACUGAAAAUGGCAAA